AUGCUCUCUUACAUCUUGAAACUCAAUACGUGCAUUACCGGGAUAACUACAGCGAUGAGCGCAUGCGGACAUUCAGCAGCACUUACAAAUCACAACUCUGGUAUCCGGUCAUCGUACGGCAAUUAUUCUACGGAGAAUGCUUGGAAAUUGGCCAGAAAGGACAUCAAGCCACCUGUCACCGAUGUGCACUUUGUGAUGAGCGGGAUGCUAGUCAACACCGCUUUGACCCACAAGAUAACCAUGGCGCGGCCAGUUGAAGGCAAGUUAACACCGGACAAGAUCGUCAAAGUCUGCAAGAGGCACAAGAUCCUCGACGGCGGCACCAAGUUUGGUGCACUUCAAGGCGAGGCCAUUGUCAUCAACAAACCUUUCGAGGCUCUCUCCGGCUCAGAUCUCUUCCUUGAACUCGCCUCCAAUGUCUUUGGAAUCUUUCUAGACGAAGUCAUUGCGAAGCUUGAGAGUUCCCUUUCCCAAAUGUCAGUGACGCAGUGA